CUAGUCGUAGCUCCGUCGAUAUUAUCUUCUAUCGUUGCAAGCGGUGGCCACCCAUUGCCGUAGCAGAGUUCACACGCAUACACCGUGAAUUGUCGAACCUAGCGCUCGUCCCCCCUGCUCAGCAGUGUUCUCUUCCUUCUCGUCCAAACCUGGCGCUCGUCCUUGCUGGAUUGCUGUUGUUGAUCUAAUCUUGUUCACCGGUCAGCUCCAGAAAGUCUACUCGGAAUAGUCGUCGCUCAAUCAAUACCACCGUUCGUUGUUGCAAGCAGCGACCACGCAUUCCCGUAGCUGAAUACGCACGCGUACACAGUGAACUGCCAAGCCUAGCGCUCGUGCUUGCUGGAUUGCUGUUGUGGAUCUAAUCCCGUUCGCCUGGUCAGCUCCAGGAAGUCUACUUGGAAUAGUAACUGAUUCACCUAUGGCCAUUGGAGAGAUCGUUUUGGGUUCCUUUUUGGCUUCGUUCUUACAGGUCCUAUUCGACAAGUUGACUUCAUCCGCAUUGAGUUGUGCACAACGAGAUGGAAUCAACAUCGUCUCCCUUGAGGAGUGGAAGGAUGUGCUGGUAACAAUCAAUGCAGUGUUGGCUGAUGCAGAGAACAAGCAACUUAGUGGUAACCAUCAAGUGAAGCUAUGGUUGGACAGGGUUAAGGACUUGGCCUAUGACAUGGAAGACUUGCUUGAUGAGUUUGCGAUAAAAGCUGCUCAAGUUGAGCUAGAGGCAGAAUCCAACAUAAACAAAGGUUUGGGGAAAUGGAAGUUCUCUGUCUUUGGCCGACCACCCUCGUUCAUGUCUGAAACCAAGGUACAAGAGAUCAAUGGCCGAUUGGAAGCGAUUGUCACUAGAAAGGUUCAUCUAAACUUGAGAGAGAAUGUUGUGGACAAAUAUAACUACACCGGCAAAAGGAUAACCACUUCAUUAUCGGAGCCUCAGUUUUUUGGUAGGGAGAAGGAAGUAGAACAAAUACUCAAACUAUUGAUCAAUGAGGUUGAAAAUUCUAAUGCCAUGUUGAGCAUAGUCCCCGUAGUUGGGAUGGGCGGUAUCGGAAAGACUACCUUGGCUCAACAGCUAUAUAAUGAUGCCAGAGUGGAUAGAUGUUUUGAGAUGAGAGCAUGGGUUUGUGUUUCAGAUGUUUUUGAUGUUCUUGACAUAACAAAGACUAUUUUGAGGUCAAUCACUGGGUUGCCCUGUGAGGGCAAAGAUCUAAAUGAGUUUCAAGUUAUGUUGAGGGACAAUCUUUUCGAAAAGAAGUUUCUUGUGGUUCUAGACGAUAUAUGGAAUGAGAAGUACAAAAAAUGGACUGACCUCUUAAAGCCAUUUGUAGUGGGUGCUAGGGGAAGCAAGAUUAUUAUUACGACUCGCAACCUUGCUGUUGUUAAAAUGACAAGAGCUCAGCCGUAUCUUUUGGAGGAAUUGUCCCUUGAUGAUUGUACAAGCUUAUUAGCCUUUCAUGCUCUUGAAGCAACAAAUUUUAAGAGCCACCCGGAAUUUGAAACAAUUGGCAAGAAAAUAGCUAAAAGAUGUAAAGGUUUACCUUUGGCAGCGAAGAUGUUUGGCGGUGCCCUACGUAAUAAAAUGAAUCCUGGUGAAUGGGAAGAUACCUUAAAUAACAUAAUAGGGGAUCUUCCAACAUCAGAGAAUGAUGAGGUUCUCCCUAUUUUGACAUUAAGCUAUGUCCAUCUUCCUUCCUAUUUGAAGAGAUGUUUUUCUUAUUGUGCAAUAUUUCCCAAGGAUUAUGAAAUUGAGAGGGAUGAGCUCGUACUCCUAUGGAUAGCAGAGGGAUUUUUAGAUGGACAAAAGAAAAAUAAAAAUAAGUUGAAAUUAGGACGGAGUUACUUCAAUGAGUUAGUAUCUAGAUCAUUUCUUCAACAAUCAAGUGUUGACACAUCUAAGUUUUCAAUGCAUGAUCUUUUGAAUGAUCUAGCAAAGUCCAUUGAGGGUGCAAUAUGCUUUAGCUCUGGGGAGUCUCAGGUGGUAGUUAAUGAAGAUGAUGCAUCUCUUGGGAGAGCUCGUUAUGCAUCAUUUGUCUCAUCAUGGCUUGUUACAUCAAAAUGCUUAAGAGCAUAUCAUGGAUUGAAGGUCUUAAGAAGUUUGAUUCUAGUGCGUGUUGGAUCUAGUCAGGGCCCAAAUUAUUUCUCUAUUUCCAACAAGGUGUUGCACGACUUGCUAACAAACUUGAAGUAUUUGAGGGUGUUUUCAUUAUGUCAUUGUAGCAUUGUAGAGGUACCGAAUUGUGUUGGUGAAUUAAAACAUCUUCGAUAUCUCAAUUUCUCGUACACUAACAUCGAAAGGUUACCUGAGUCAAUUGGCGACUUGUGCAAAUUACAAGCUUUAAUCUUAAGAGGUUGUCAUCGGCUUUCAAAGUUGCCUCAUGGUAUCACAAAGUUAGUCAGCUUACAAUUUCUUGAUAUUAGAGAUACAGAAAGUCUAAAAGAGAUGCCAUUAGGUAUCAAUAAUUUGAAGAAUCUUACUAUCUUGUCCAAGUUUGUGGUAGGAACAAAGAAGGGCCUACAGUUAAAGGAGUUAAAGAACUUGUCGCGUCUUCAAGGAGGAUUAUUCAUAUCAAAAUUACAAAAGGUGGAAGAUGUUAGAGAUGCUGUUGAUGCUAAUUUGUUAGGAAAGCAAGACCUAAGAAAAUUAUUCUUGCAUUGGGAUGAAGAUUUUGGAAUUCUUCGAAAUGAUAAGCAUGAAUCACGGGUGCUUGAGUCUUUGCGACCUCCCAUUGAUAUUGAAAAUCUCACUAUUUUGAACUAUGGCGGUGCAAUAUUCCCGUCAUGGUUAGAUGGUUCAUCAUAUUCUCGGAUAGUAUCUUUGAGCUUGUGGGACUGUCCUUAUGUCACAUCAUUGCCUUCACUUGGACAACUACCUUCAUUAAGAGAAUUAUCUCUUAAAGGUCUAAGUGCAGUAAGAAUAAUAGGCUCUAAUUUUUAUGGAGGUGAUAGGCCAUUUUCGUCCUUAAUUACUUUGCAGUUCGAAGAGAUGUUGGCAUGGAAGAAUUGGUCUCCUUAUGCAGGGGGCCCAAAAGAAGAAGUCUCAUUCUCCUGUCUUGAGCAUCUUGUUGUCCAGAGCUGUCCUUCAUUGGUCGAGACAUUGCCUUGUCAACUUGAUCGUCUUAUAAAGCUUGAAAUUCAUUCAUGCCAACAAUUGAAUAACUCAACCAGUGAGUUAUGUCUUCCAUCUCUCAAUGAGUUAUACCUUGAGGAUUGUAGUAAGGAGAUCUUAAAGAGCUUGUUCAAGCUAACUUCUUUGACAGUUCUCAAAAUUAACAAACUCAUAGACCUUGUUUCCUUUGAUCAUCGGUUUAUGAGUUGCUUGGGCAAGCUAAGGAAGCUUCAUAUAGGACUGUGUGACAAGCUAACAUGCUUGUGGCAAGAUGGAAAUGAAACGCAAAAUCUCACUUGCCUCCAGGAAUUAACCAUUAAAAGCUGUGCUCGAUUCACAUCUUUUGUGGCAGGAGACGGAGAGAUAGAGCUACCCUGUAAUCUUGAAAGGAUGGAAUUGGUGGAUUGCACAAGUUUAGAAAAGCUUCCAAGCAAGAUGCAUGCACUUAGACAUUUGGUGAUUGAGAAUUGUCCAAAAAUCAUGGCUCUAAACAUUCCUCAAGGUGACUCCAGCAAAAGUAAUUCGAUUUCUCAACUUGAAUCUCUUAAGAUACAUCACUAUGAUUCUUUGAUAUCCUUUUCAUUUGCCAGGGGUAGACUUGCUCCUCUGAAGGCACUUCAUAUAGACAAUUGUAAGGGAGUGGAGUCGUUGGAAGGAAUUGCCAUAGAAUUGCUUGAAACAAUGAGAAUUAACGAUUGUCAAAAUUUGGGAAGCUUACCACAGUGCCUUCACAUGCUCUCCCAUCUCACUCAAUUGCAUAUUUAUAAUUGUCCAGCAUUAGAGAUAGAGGACUUUCCUCCCCUUCCCGUCACCCUCUCGAGUCUUGAUCUUAGUUAUUGUUUUAAGAUAAAGUCUAUUGCCAACUGUAACAUUGACAAGUGUAACAAUCUCACUAAAUUGAAAAUAUGGCAGUGUCCGAUAUUAGAGAUAGAGGACUUCCCACCCCUUCCCAUCACCCUGCAGAGUCUUUCACUUAAGGAUUGUCCGAUGAUAAGGUCCCUACCAAAUCAGUGGCAUCGUCUUACAUCCCUCCAGGAUUUGAUAAUUCAUUAUUGCGAAAAUAUCACAUGCUUCCCCAAGGGAGGUCUGCCUCCCUAUUUGCUAAGAUUUGGUAUUUGGGGGCUCGUGAAUCUGAAGCAGCCAGUGAGAGAGUGGGGCUUGCACCUGCUCACAUCUCUCUCGAGUCUUUUUAUUGAUUUUAACAUGGGACAGGAGGGAGAGAAGGAGUGGUUUCCUUCAGAGGAUGAGGAUGCCUGGAGUCUCUUUCCUUCCUCUCUAACCUAUCUUGGGAUACGGUAUUUGAGAAAUGCGAAAAGACUAUCAGGCGGUCUCCGCAACCAUCUCUCCUCUCUCCAAAUGUUAUGGAUUGGAGAUUGCCCGAAGUUGAGGUACUUGCCAAAGGAUGGCUUCCCUCCUUCCCUCCAACUAUUGGGCAUAUCUAGAUGCGAGAUUCUGAAAGAGCGAUGCGCAAAACUCACUGGUGACUAUUGGCCCCUCAUUGAAGAGAUCCCUGAUAUCUACAUUGAUGAGCCGAUUCGAUGAAUUGAUUCGUGCAUCUACACUACAAUCAAUUUUCUUAGG